CUGCACACAUCUCCCGCACCAAACUCAAUCAACCACCUCGCUCCCGCGCCACACACAGACACGAACGCAUCCUCCGGCGAUCCACCGCCUCCACCAUGGCCCUCACCAUCACCAAGUCGCCUCCGGCCCUGAUCCCGCCGGCUGGGCCCACCCCGGGCGGCUCCCUCCCGCUCUCCUCCAUCGACAAGACCGCCGCCGUCCGCGUCUCCGUCGACUUCAUCCAGGUCUUCCCCGCCGACGCGCCGCGGGACCAGGCACCCCUGGUCGCCACCAUGCGGGAGGGCUUCGCCAAGGCGCUCGUGCACUACUACCCCGUCGCCGGCCGCAUCGCGGAGCCCGUCCAGGGGGAGCCCGUGGUCGAGUGCACCGGGGAAGGGGUGUGGUUCGUCGAGGCCGACGCCAGCUGCUCCCUCCAGGAGGCGCGCAACCUCGAGCGCCCGCUCUCCAUCCCCAAGGAGGAGCUGCUCCCGCGUCCGCCCGCCCACGUCCGCCUCGAGGACACCGUGCUCCUCGCGCAGGUUACCAAGUUCACCUGUGGCGGAUUUGCUGUGGGCAUUUGCUUCAGUCACUUGGUGUUUGAUGGGCAAGGGGCAGCCCAGUUUCUGAAGGCAGUUGGUGAGAUGGCACGAGGGCUCCCUGAGCCGUCACUUAAGCCGAUCUGGGAGCGUGAUGCCAUUCCCAACCCUCCUAAGCCACCUCUUGGACCACCACCGUCUUUCACAGCGUUCAACUUUGAGAAACCAGUGGUUGAGAUCUCUCUUGACAGCAUCAAGCGUGUCAAGGAUCAGGUUGCAAGUGAGACCAGCCAGAAAUGCUCCACCUUCGAUGUGGUCACCGCCAUGAUCUUCAAAUGCCGUGCCUUGGCCAUUGGCUUUGCGCCCGACGCUGAGGUUCGCUUGGGUUUCGCUGCUGGCACGCGCCACCUGCUGAAUGACAAGCUGUCUUCGGUGGAAGGCUACUACGGGAACUGCGUGUACCCGGGUGGUCUCACCAAGACCAGUCAGGAAGUCAAGGAAGCGUCGCUAGUUGAGAUCGUCACGGCGAUCAGGGAAGCCAAGGACGCGCUGUCGACAAGGUUCCUUGACUGGAUGAGCGGCGGCGCCAAGGAGAACCACUACAACGUGUCGCUGGACUACGGCACGCUCAUCGUCACGGACUGGAGCCACGUUGGGUUCAACGAGGUGGACUACGGGUUCGGCGAGCCAGGCUACGUGUUCACCAUGAACGACGACGUGAACAUCGUGCCUUCCGUUGUCUACCUGAAGCCGCCCAAGCCGAAGCAGGGCAUCAGGCUGGUGCUGCAGUGCGUGGAGGCGCAACACUCUGCUGUGUUCAGCGAGGAGUUGCAGAAGCUUGCAUAGAGCGUAUGAGUGUGAAUGUUUACGUCCAUACAGUACUUUACAGGUGGGAUUGGGAGGUGUUGUAUUCUUUUUCUUUGUUGAAUUGCUUCUUGCAGCGUUUGCUUCCAAUAAAUCAGGGGUUCGUCGUUUCUGUACUUUGUACUGUUGUUAUACUAGUGAUGAUGAUCACCAUGUUACAUUAUACAUGUAUUGACAUUGUUGACACAA